AUGCCGCCGAAGACCGCUGUAUCGGUGGUGCGUAACGGAGCGCUGAAGCCGCACCCGAAGAACGGUGAGCGCCACGCUCCAGUCAAGGAGGAGGCGUCGGUGGGCAAUGGACCGCAGGUGAAGUCGCAGAUCGCGAACUCGGCCCCAGCGCCGGCUGGCAAGUCGUUCCUCGAUGCCCUGCGUUCUGGCAAGAAGCCGGCUGCCCCAGCUGCAGCUGCCCGUGUGUCAGUGCCGGCCGCCGCCCCGGCUGAGGAGCCUCAGGCUGCUGCUGCUCCAACUUCUCCGGUCGCUGCCGCGGCCCCUGUCAAGCAGUCUUCGGCGCCUGAGCCGGCCAAGGAGGAGCGCACUGCCACUCCAGAACCGGUGGCGGCGUCAGUGGACGAACCCUCCAUGGAGGAGAGUGCCCCCGCACCUGUAGAGGGGGAUACAGGGGUAGUUGCCGCCUCCGCAGCUGAGGAACCGGCGCCGAUCAUGCAGGUAGAGGACACAAACUUCAACUGGGCUGACGACGACAUCCAAUUUCAGAUUCGCCAGCCGCAGUACGCGGCAGAAUACCCGAUGUCUGUGAUGGAGAACCUGGCUCGCAAUGUCGCCUUCAAAGUGCCAGCGGACCAGAACACCAUAACGUCCGCGAUUGAAGCUCUUGCCCACGAGCGCCAAGCCUUUGAGCAGCUGAAGCGCAACCACGAGGAUGCCAUGAAGAACCGCGAGGUAGAGCUAAACGCACAGGAGGCGAGCCUGCAAGCCCGUGAGCGCCAGCUGCAUGCCAACACAGAGACGCUGGCAGCCGAGCGCCAACAGCUGAUCCUGCAGCAGUCACAGUUCCGUGCCCAGCAGCAGGCGCAGGCUCAGGCCCAGGCUCAGGCCCAGAGUCAGUCGCGCACCUCGCAGACGCAGUCCCCAGCAGCACAGGUGUCCCCAAGCUCCGCGCUGGCCGCACCGCCGGCACAUGCCCCGCCGUUGCAGCACCAGAUGCCGCCACCGCAUCAGCAGCCUCAGCCCCGUAGCGGCAACGUGUACAUGGGCGGCAGCUACGGCGCACAGGAGUGGCAGCCAGACCAGCGGACAUGGGGGAACGAUGGCGCAAUGGGUGCCCCAGGAUUCGACAUGUAUCAGGGUGCCUACCCCGGCUCUUACGCACAGCGCAACUACCACAUGGCCGGCGGUCACCGCGGCCCGAUGCGCAGCGGGAACCUGCAGCAGCAGCAGUUCGCCGGCAACCGCAUACCGCCGAUGAUGGCACCGCCGCAGCAGUACAGUCGCUCAAUGGGCCCGCUCGGUCCCACUCGCCAGCAGCAGCAGAUGGAGAUGAACUUUGGCGGCCGCUCGCAGCAGAGCUACAACCCCACCCCCAACACCGGCUACCCGCAGCGAAGUUCUCAGUGGUAA